AUGGCUAACAAAGACCUUAUCACUGAAGAAUUUAAGUAUAUUUUACGUAUCUUAAAUACCAAUGUUGACGGAACCAAGAAGGUCGAUGUCGCUCUUACUGCUAUAAAGGGAACGUACGGAAUAGUUUAUCGAGUGUGGUUGGAGCACAAUCCUACGGAAGAGAAAGCGAUAAAAGUAUUCAUCCCGGAAAUUCUCGAGGAAUCGGAAGGAAUUCCUCCAACGACACUGAGAGAAAUCAAUGCUAUCAAGUCCAUAAACCAUCCAAAUAUCAUGGCACUGGAUGAGGUAGUCAUCGAUAAUGAUUGGGGAAGCUCUAAUAAUAUGUAUUUAAUUAUGGAACUUUGCAAGGGAACUUUUCGUGACCGCAUGAAUGAAUUGAUAAAUGUUUAUUUAAAUUCCGGCAAAUGCAAAAUAAUAGCUUGGCAAAUUCUGAACGCUGUGGCAGUUUGCCACAGCCGAGGAAUAGUGCACCGAGAUUUAAAACCAGCAAACGUUUUGUGGGGGAAAAAUGAUGAACUCAAAAUUGCAGAUUUCGGAUUAGCGCGUUUCGUGCGCAACCGCUUACUGUCCGAGAGCCACACCAUUCCUCAAACAGGCGAGGUCCAAACAAUGUGGUACAGAGCUCCUGAAGUGCUUCUUGGCGACGAGAAGUAUGGAAUGCUUAUUGACGACUGGUCUGUUGGCUGCAUCAUUGCCGAAAUGUUCCGUUUCAGAAUGAGUUCCAAAUAUCAAACAAAAACAUUUUUUACGGAUUAG